AUGGCUGUAAAUGUUAAAAUUUCCGUAUUUUGUUUUUACUUUGGAUUAAGCAGUUUAUUAAGUGCUACUAGCUCAUAUGAAGAGGAUUUAGAAAACUAUUUGCUUCACAGCAAAGAUCAUUCUCUGGUCAAGCCUUUUAACGUUCCAGGGUUUUGGGAUAUCUUUGGCAAUGUCAUUAUUACACCAGAGUACGUGCGUUUAACUAGCGAUCUUCAGGGUCGCAGUGGUGGAAUUUUUAAUACAAUUCCGGUAAAAGCAAAUCACUGGGAAGUUCAUCUUCAUUUCAAGAUCCACGGAAGUGGUUCAAAGUUUUUUGGCGAUGGGAUGGCUUUUUGGUAUCUUAAUGAGCCGCUUAAACCAGGAUCCGUUUUCGGCGCUUCAGAUUACUUCUCAGGUUUUGCGCUAAUAAUUGACACAUAUUUCAAUAGUCAAAAGAAUCAUCAAAAACAAAGACACAAACACCCGAUGAUAGCAUUGAUGCCAAAUAACGGGUCUCUUUCGUAUAGCCAUGACAAAGACGGCUUCGGAGUACCGGGAAUUUUGAGCUAUUGCCAAGCCGAAGUGCGUCAGGUGAGGCACGAGACUUAUUUAGCCAUUCGCUACGAAAACGAAGAGCUACGCGUAAUGACGAACAUUGAUGGGGAUCAAGAGUGGAAGCAUUGCGUUAGCCUAAAACGUCUUCAUCUGCCAAAGAUGGGAUACUUUGGCCUAUCGGCUUCAACCGGUGACCUAUCGGAUAAUCAUGACGUUAUCUUCUUAAAAGUUUACGAGCUCGACACUGAAUCAUUGCCAGAGAAUCGGCAUUCUGUUCCAAUGAUUCCUAAUGGACCUAGCAUUGAAAAACUGUUUCUUGGAUUUCACAUGGAAAUGAUGCAAAAGGAAUUGAUUUUACAAGUCGAGAGGCUAAUAAAGUUGCAAAUGAAUAAACUUGGCGUCAAAGAAGUUAGAGAAACACCCACCUGUUAUUUGGUGCUGUUUAAAGACAAGCUGCUGUACAAGCACGAAAGGUUCGUUUGA